UGAAUAAAGUGAUUUAUGGAAAUUUGGUUCAGUUGUGUAGGCUGUGAAUUGGAGAAAAGAUUUUCCACUGUAAAAAUGAAAACAAAAAGAGAAGAGUGGGAGAACACUGUUCCUGAGGAAGAGGGAGUUAAGAGGCAGAAGCUGGACGAGCAGUCCUCGCCUCAGCUUGCAUUUGACAACCCACUCCUUCCGCUUGCUUCAUAUGAUGACGAUGAUGAAGAUGAUAUUGUUGACAGACGAGCUGGGGGCAGGGAUAGGGUCAUAAGUAAUAGUGGGAGAGUAGGGCAAAAUGGAUAUGCAUAUGAUGAGGAAGACAGUGAUGAUGAUGAGGAUCAAAGUGCAAUAGGAAGCCAAGGACUGCGUAAUCGCAUGGUGGAAGUAAGAAGGGACUGUCCGUAUCUUGAUACGGUUAAUAGACAGGUCCUGGAUUUUGACUUUGAAAAAUUUUGUUCGGUAUCCCUUUCAAACUUGAAUGUGUAUGCGUGUUUGGUUUGUGGGAAGUAUUACCAAGGAAGGGGGCAAAAAUCUCAUGCAUAUACUCAUAGUCUUGAAGCAGGGCACCAUGUCUACAUCAAUCUUCGAACAGAGAAAGUUUACUGCCUUCCCGAUGGAUAUGAAGUUAUUGACCCAUCACUGGAUGAUAUUCGAUAUGUACUCAACCCAAGGUUUACUAGGGAACAAGUUGAGCAGCUUGAUAAGAAUCGACAAUGGUCCAGGGCACUUGAUGGGUCAGAUUAUCUUCCUGGAAUGGUGGGGCUGAAUAAUAUCAAGGAGACCGACUUUGUUAAUGUCACUAUUCAAUCUUUGAUGCGAGUUACUCCCUUAAGGAACUUCUUUCUUAUCCCUGAAAAUUAUCAAGACUGCAAAUCCCCACUUGUUCAUCGAUUUGGAGAGCUCACACGAAAGAUAUGGCAUGCAAGAAACUUUAAAGGACAGGUGAGCCCGCACGAGUUUCUUCAGGCAGUUAUGAAAGCUAGUAAGAAACGUUUUCGAAUAGGUGCACAGUCUGACCCUGUUGAGUUCAUGUCAUGGCUUCUUAACACGUUGCAUGGAGAUCUUAAAAGUUCAAAAAAAGGCCGAAGCAUCAUUCACCAGUGUUUUCAGGGAGAACUGGAGGUUGUGAAAGAGAUCCACAGCAAAGCUAUGACAGAAAACAAAGAAUAUGGAGAUG